AUGUGGAGAUGUGAUGGCAAUACAAGAGCCACGACAAUGAAGUAUCUGGCAGGGCCGGUUGAGCGAAACCAUCAUCAUGACUUCCCUGCUGGUGGUACCGUAGGGAACCGUAGGCAUGACCUCAUAAUACAAGAACAUGAAGCCCAUGACACUGCCGCAGAGCUGGAAAUGUUUCAGGCAUUACGACCAAGGUUGCCGCUGGUUCGAGCCCUAGGAAGCAUGCCUUCCGAAAAGCAACCUUGUUGGGACUCUCAGGGGGGUGGAAGGGAAGCACAGAAGCUCUGGGGGCGUCCGCCGCCAAUCAACUUUCACCUACGGUAUAUGGAUUCAGAAUUUGAUUCAAUAGAACGACUAGCUCUAGCUACCUGCACUUUCUACAAGGGUUCUGUUGUGGUGUCCUACCAGACUACUAAGACCUUCUGCAACCAUUGA